AGAUAUUUAAACAACUCAAUCGCUUAAAUGCAGAACCUGUACUGAGUUUACAUACAGUGGGCGCACUCACGGCAACCUUGGAAAACUGGGAAUAUAUACAUGUAUAUCAAGUUGCAAAUGGAGCCGGACUUCGUCUCAAAUCAGAAUAUUUUAUCCAAUAUUUUCAGCAAUCUGAAAAUAAAAGAUUUAAAAUCAUGCUCACAAGUGAGUUUAAUUUGGGAAGGGAUCGCUUCUAAGAUUCUGGCAACGAAAAAAGUCGUAAAUUUGACCACGGAAGUUAAUCCAGGUUUUGGCGAGGUCAAUAUUUUCAAAUAUUUGGACCAAGUGUGCAGAGUGGAGUCGCAAGUUCACAUAUCGGCACACAAUUUGGCCAAACUGAAUUUACCUCGACCGGAUGUGAAUACAUUGAUGGAUGCUUUUAAACAACUGGGAGGUCUCGUUAAGGAGUUAAGCAUAUCUUGGGGUGUGAAUGGGAAGAAAAAUGUGCUCACAAACCACCUCACCACGCGGACAAUACUUGAAUCCUCGCGCGAAAUGGAGAAACUUGUCCUUUAUCUAGACUUCAAGGCGAUCACGUGGGACACAACGGGAAUUCUCCAAAUUAUCCAAACCACCUUGGCAAAUUUACACUUCCCACUCUUAAAACGGGUGGAAUUAGUGUCUCUAAAUCCAUCCUUGUUCUCGAACAGUCUCGUAAACCUGGUCGUUACGAAAUUUGUCUCAAUCACGCCAAGAUUAAUGGAAUUCAGGUGUAUGGAAGUCACUCCGAGGGAAAGAUUAUUAUCUUCGGAAUUGGAAAAUAUUUUCCCACGAUUUGGACCAUUAAGGGAACUUGGAAUCCCGAUUGUUCCAGAAAUGAAAAGUUUUCUAGGGAGGCAGAGAAAUUUGGAGAAGAUAGAUAUCAGUAUUUCGUAUUUUGACGUUCGAGAUUUGAGAUGCCUUCAUGCCGUGCAAAAACUGCUAGAUUCCAAUCAAGGAACGUUAACCCAUGUCAAGAUGGAAUUUAGAGACCCAGGCCAAACAGAAACUUGGGACGUGAUCGUUCUGCCCAAAAUGGCGAACUUGGAAUCAUUGGAACUAUCUGUCACAUGGGCCGGGGCGGGAAGCCGGGAUAAAUUCAAAUCUGCAGCCCCAAGCGGACAAUCUUUAAUCGUCUUUCCACCCUUUGAACGAGGGAAUUUUGCGAAACUAAAACUUCUCAGGGUUAUAAUUCAGGAAGGGAAACGUGUCUUUGUAACAGUCAAUGACGAAGGCACAUACGAAGUGGAGGAUCUCGUGAAAUAUAAUUUUAUCAAAAACUUAUUAGCCCCUGUUUGGAAAACUUAUGAGAUUAGCUUCCCUUCCGUUGAAACCGUCAAUUUGGGAGAUUGGACUAGUUCAAUGUUGUAUGGCAGUUUUUUUAAGAAACUUUUACAACUUUUUCCAAACGCGGUAGAAUUGCGGAGCCAUGACAAAGAGAAAAAGGCUGGAUGCACCUGUUUUGUUAGAAUACUGGUAGGUUUAGUCAUUACAAUCGUGAUAGCAACUGUGGUAAUUGUGGCGGUGGUGUUUAACUCGGCGUGAUGAGCUUUCAAUGGGUGCACUAAAUUCAUUAAAUACAUGGUGGUUUAAACGUCAGGUUACAAUGGAAAAUUUGUCGAUGGGAAAAAUUCGCAAAAGUCCAUUAGUUAUCGAAAUUUUGCCUUU